AUGACGAGCAGAUCUUUCUUGCUAACUCAUAUCUUCAAGGAUGUAUCAAAACUCGACGAAGGAGGCAGUUACUACAGUGAUAUUGAAAUACGACAUGAUAUUUCAUGGAAAAUCCGUAUUUUCAAGAAAGAAGAGUUUCUUGGUGUAAAUCUGCACUGUGAAAAGGAGGAAUGCUUUGGAGAGAGAAAGUGGUCGUUUCAAACGAAAUUCACGAUGAAACUAGUAGCUGUCAGUGAGAAGUUUUUCCGACGGACUGUUCAAUAUGAAUUCCAAAAGCCGGAAGGUCAUGGAAUGAAUAAAUUCAUUAGUUGGGAGAAUAUGCUGAGAGAUUAUGUGGAUAAUGAUAGUAUUAUCAUUGAAAUCCAUGCCGAUAUUGUUAGCAGUGCGGGUUUCUUUAAAAUCAAAUGUAAAAUUAGAUUUAUGAGUAGUACUCCUCAUUGA